AUGUCGACGUUGUUUGGCCAGAGUAGUGCUUCAAGUGGAACGUCUGGUAAUCUUUUUAGCCAGCCUCUUUCUAGUAUAAGCAACCAAACAUCUAAUAACAACAUCAACAACAACCAACCCACAUGGUUUCAGAACCCUAAGAAAAGAACCAUUCCUAAUCAUUUGGUACCAAAACGAAAACCCGGGUUUCAAAUAUCUUCCACGUCAACGUCCAAGAAGGACUCAGAUGAUAAGAAGGACGCUUUACGAUCUAAUAAUUCCAGUCAAUUUAACUUAUUGUCAUUUGGAACAUCUCAAAGAAAAGCAUUAACUUCAAGCGGAACAAUGGACCGUACUAAUAGUGUUGGAAGCUUGUAUGAUACUAGUGUAGGGGAUAUAAGCAAGUAUGAGAAAACAUUCAAUGAUACCUUAACUGAUGAUUUUCCUUUGUAUAAUAAUGAUGAUGAUUUACCACCGUCGAGAUCUAUUUAUGACUUGAAUGACGAAGUAUUAAUCUCUCUCAACAAACCAGCUAACCAGCAUGCAGAUGCCUUUAUUAACAAGGAUCCUAAAAAUUUUAAUAACGUGUUUAACAGAGAUGAUGCGUUAAAGAACAAUUCUGAACAAACCAAUGAAGAGAACCUUAAAUCUAAUCCUUUGCAAAAUGGAGAGUCAGCAAUAUUAAUAUUUGGAUAUCCCGAAAGUAUGGCGAAUCAAGUUAUUUCCUAUUUUCAAGAGUUUGGAACCAUUUUGGAAGAGUUUGAAAUCACUAAGCAAAAGAAUACAUUAUUAAAACACUAUCAAACCAAUAAUAGCUCAAAUAAAAGGCAUCAAAUUGUUCCUAUUCUAAGUGGAAGAUCAUGGGUAAAAAUUACCUUUGAUAAUCCUGCUUCAGCGAUUGACGCGUUGCAAGAAAACGGGUGUGUGUUUAAUGGCGUGUUACUUGGUGUUAUACCAUUUAGUAAAGACGCUAUAGAAAAAUUACAGAAAAGAAAAUUAGAAGAAGGUGAGGAUAUUGGAGGUGGAUUUGAGUAUCAAUUAAGCUCAUUUGAUAAAUCGAGUAAGGGCGAUAAUGCAGUCACAGGGGACUCCAACGAUAUUCAAGGAUCAUAUAUUACUAGACUAGACAUUAGAGACGGCUCUGGAUUAUUCUUACAACCUAAUUCAACCGAUCCGACGAAGUCAGAAGCGGAUAAGAAGAAAGAAGAGAAUUUAGGAUUUGUAGGUAAAGUUUUCAGAUACUUUUUUGGCUUCAACGAAUUAUAA